AUGAAAUUCACUACAUUCACACUUUUGAGCGCAGCUCUACUUACAUCCGCUAAGGCUGCCGAUUUCAAUUCUUACUCUAAUACCACGUCAACUUCAAGCACGGCAAGUCCUAGUGAAAGUAUUCAACCUGUUUUGAGUCUUGAUAGUGAUAACGGUCUUAAAUUCCAAAUUGUUGUUCCGAUAGCUCUCGGUCCAUGGUCCUCUGUCUCCAUUACUCAGGACAGUCCCGCUGGAUUUGAGUGGUCUGGAAAGGGUACCUUUUCCCUUGAUGGUACUGCUGCUCCUAUUUCGGAGGUUUAUGAUACUUCUGAUUCUGAUGUGUUAGAUGAAGAAUAUCUUGAUUACCCAUCAACCAUAUACACUGAUCUUAUAUACAAUUCUCCGGAUCCUGUCUUCCCUGCAGAAGGCGGUAGCUUUACCUUGACCGUCACUCUUGCUUUGAAUGAUGUUGCUGAAUCGAAAUUCAUGAAGAGAGCUACCAAGACAUAUGUGUUGAGCCUUACCGUCAACAUUCCAGCCACAUCUUCAAGUGCUUCUGGAGCUAGUGGUGCUACCACCGCAUCUAGUUCUGUGAUUACUGGUGUUACAGCAAAAAGUGGUUCUGUUGUUACAGAUCAAACUACAACAGUUCUCACCGUUACUUCUUGCUCUGACCACCAUUGUACCGCUGUUCCUGUCACAACCGGUGUUACUGAUUACACAACUACCGUUCAUGGUACAGCAACUGUUGUCACCACUUACUGUCCAUUGACAGCUGAGACUAAGGCUCCUGUUGCCACCACUGUGUUUGAAACUGUUACUUGUACGAAGAAUGUUUGCAAAAAGACGGCUGUUACCACUGGUGUCACUACUGUUACUUCUACCAACAAAAAGGGUGUAGUGACUGUCUACACCACCUACUGCCCAUUGACUGCAGAGGAGACGAGUACGGCUAAGGCCGCUUCAGAAAGUGCCACUGCUACACUUACGACUGCUGUGACAACUUCAGGAAGUGCCACUGCUACAAUUACGACUGCUGUGACAUCUUCUGCAUCUACUGGUUCUGUCAAACCAACUGCCACUUCAUCCAAGGGUGCAAUUUCUACUUAUACUGGUGGUGCUGCAUCUCAAUCUGCUGCCGGAAUCUUCCUCGGCAGCUUUUUGUUUUUGGGUGCUCUUUUGAUGUAA